GAACGCCAAGGCUACAGAUGACAAUUUCAUUCCGAAUAACAUGUCUGACAUUGUGUGUGUAGUCAGGAGCCAUAUUGAAAAUGGUAGCAGUUUGAUUUCGGAAAGAGCACAGUUACAAUUGUAUACAGUUAUUGGAAGAAAUUCAUAAAUUCUUUCUUCGAAAUCGUCAAGCAAAUUACAUUCACAUUGGGACAUUGUUUUGAGUGCAGCAAAAAACUUAAAGCUCAGCUAGAAAUGAAGAUGAGCUGCUUUUUUAUGUGAAAACACGAAACUAGCCUGAAUUCUAUGGAUUCCAGACAUUUCCUGCCGUGUUUGCAUUAGUUGAGAGCACAUGAAAAAGAUGAAAGACGAUUACGCUUUCUCAUGCAUUUCUCCUCUUGUUAACUUUAAGGCAUAUUGCAUAAAGAGGUAACUCAGUUUCCAAUUGUGAUUUCAAUUAAAAUCGGCUGCCUAUGCGCUUCUUUUCAUUCGGAUUAUGAAAAGGUCUUUAGAAAGAUGAAAAAAUAUAAAUUAUGCAUCUUACUGUUUAUUUUCGUUUCUGUCAGGCAGAGAAAUGGCUGCUCUUAAAUCGCUGAUAAGCAGCAACGCAAUAAAUUACGAUACUUAAAAACAUUUUUUCUCGUUUCAUAUCUCAGGCUCAACCUUCAUCUACACUUACCUAGAAUUUACUAUUCAAUGUCAACAAACAAAAGCAUACUUGACGUUAUAAAAAUUUCAAAAAAAAGAUCCUUAUCGCGUCAAUAGAAAAAAUUACUGCUGCUUGAAUUUAAAAUAACUUCUCUUCAUUUUUGGAUUAUUAUCAAGAAGCAAAAAAAUUCAAAAUAAGUGGGCAACAAUCAAGUGAAAUACUUUCUACAAUUGCAAGGGGUACCACAACAGAUGUGACACUGCUAUCGAAGGUCAUGGAACCAACGCAGCACAUAACUAGAAGUUGUGUGAUUAUUUGGAUAGAUAAGAAUAUUGACGUAAACAGUGAAACACAUGAAAAUACACUUACUCUGUUGGAAAACGUGACCGAGGAUGUUCAUAUUUUCACCCAAACUGAUGAAGGUAUAGAUUUCCUCACUGACAUCAAUGAUCAAAGUGCAUUCCUAAUUCUAUCAAAUACAGAAGAUCGAGAUAUGAUACCUAUUGUUCACGAUAUUCCUCGUCUGGAAAGUGUUUAUAUCUUCUGCACUAGAGAAGCCUUAAUCCACAAAUGGAACAAGAAUUCCGGCAAGGUCAAAGGCAUGUACACCGAUAUCAUGCGUCUUUGUAAAGCACUGCAAGAUGCCAUAAAACAAUGUUACCAAAAUGAAAUUUCCAUGAGUUUUAUUAGUGUAAACGAAGAAAGUUCAAAAAUAGCUCUAGAUCAACUGGAACCAUCAUUUAUGUACACACAAUUGUUUAAAGAAAUUGUUCUUGAAAUCGAUCACAACAAAGAACAAUUUCAAGAUUUCAUUCUAUUUUGGCGUAACGAAUCGCAAGGCAAUAAAACAAUAUUGAAUACUAUUAAAGAGUUCGAGAACAAGUACACUGCCGAAAAGUCGAUUUCAUGGUAUAUUGAUACACCUUUCAUCUAUCAGACACUUAACUUCUCACUUAGAACACUCGACACGGAAAAAAUGAAGAAAAUGAGUUUCUUUAUACGCGAUCUGCAUUGCGAACUCGAAAAAUUCCGCAAAAAGCAGNAUUAUGUCUUUGGAGGUUGGAUGAUUUUCCAUGGACAUCAAGUAAGUAAUGAGUAGAGAUAUGUAUCAAUAUUCAAUCUGUCGAACUUAGGAUUAUUGAGAAAAAUGUGUGGAAGUAUGUGGUAAUUAAUGUUAAGAAGAUAGUCAGGUGUCUUAUUCUUGCGUAGUUACAUCUUUACUCUUUUGAUAUAUAGUAACAAAUAAAUGACGCAUAAUUAUUCUAUUUUGUGACUUUCAUAAGUAAUUUUCAGGGAGGAAAAAUAAAAUAAAAUAUGUUUGAAUAAAAAGAAAUAUUUUUUUCAUUAUUUUUUAUUAUUGCUUUUAAGUUCGACCAGAUAUUCCCUCAAGAAGAUAUGGGAUUUUAUUUCCACGAUGGCAAAAAACUUUACAAGCAUCUAAAUCAAUCCUUCAACAUGUACGUGUUUUUAAAGAAGAUCUUUGUGAGUUAGUUGAACAAUUAAAAGGAUUGGUCUACUUAAAUAUUUAUGGUAAAACUUCGUACAAAAAAGUUGAACUAUAUCGUUUAAUGGUUAAAAAUCGUUUUCCAAACAGUCAUAGUGAUAUUCAAACAUCAAGAUUUCGUCUUUGGAUAUGA